CGCUUUUCUUCUCUAUCUUCCCCAAAUUUCAAAAUUUUCAAAUACCCCAAUUCUCUCCAUUUUUAUCCGAUUAGUACUCUGUACUAUGUCUACUUAAAAAUUUUCUUAACUCUUUUUUUAAAUCAAGUCCCAUUGUAGAAAUUUGAAGAUAUUCUCAUUCUUGCCAAGUUGACAAAUGGGUAAAAAUUCAUAUGGUAAGAAAUCAAAAUCUAAAUCAAAUGUGGUCAAAUUUUCAUCUCUUCAUGUUGAUUAUGACUCUGACUUUGAAGAAACGGUGUUGAAGAGGUGCAAAUCCUCACAUGCAAUAGUCGUUCGAAAGGACAAUCGAAGGGAAAAACGGGUUGAAGCAUUGCAUACAAAAGACAAAGGAAAAAAAAUCGAAAAUGCAUCUGCUAUGCAACAAAAUAUUGCUAUUAAACCCAAAAAGAGAAAGCGUGCUAGCACGGAGGAAGUUCAAUUUGAUAAACUUCCUGUGAAGAAAUGGGAUUACUAUGUCGCAUUGGAUGCAAAAUUAUCUUGUUCUCAUUGGAGCUCACAUACCAAUAUUGGGGUUGUUGAUGAGUUAAAGUUGAAAUUGACGGAUGAGCAGAUUCAAAUGUUUAGGAAAACUUGUUUUGGCUAUUUCCUCGAUUUGCCUCCUGUUGUUGUACAGAAUCAAGUUAUACGGUUCUUAAUGUCUAGGGAGUUGGUUCAAGAUAGUGAGGAUGAGUUUUACGUCAAGAUCAAUCAUAGUACCCUGUGUUUUGGGAUUAGAGAAUUUGCAAUUAUAUCUGGUUUAAGGUGUGUUGGUGAAGUCAAUGAUGAGGGAACUUAUAGUGGAUCAAAUAGGCUCAAGGAAGCCUACUUUCCCGAUCGUGAUAGAGUAUCAAAGGAUGAUCUUAUUGAUUGUUUUAUGGAAAAAAGAUGGCAGUCAGAUAAUGAUGCUCUAAAGAUUUCGUUAUUGUACUUCAUAUACACCUUCUUAUUUUCCACAAUUAGUAAAAGAUCCUUUGAAAGUAAUCGAGAUUUUUUUUUGAUAGAGAGUGGGGAAUACGAGCAGUUUCCAUGGGGAAAAAUUGUAUUUAAAGCUUUGAUUGGUUCUGUGAGAAAUAAGUUCAGAUUUGUAAAGAAGUUUCAUAGGUCUGGGGGUUUACCACUUGCAUUGCAUAUUUGGAUUUAUGAGUGUUGUUCUGAAGUAGACCCUAAUAUUGCCACCCGUGUUGCAAGCCGAGUGCCACGGAUACUAAAUUGGAAUGUUACAAAAAGGCCUAGCUUUGAGAAAUUAUGCAACGGCAUGUUGGGAGAAUCAAGGAACAAGUUGGUAUUUACAAAUAUUUCUGCAACCGUGGAUGAGUUAGGGGCAUUAUAUUUGCCCAUAAAUGUUGAAUUUGCUGCACAAAAAGGUGUUGUUUCUGAGGAUGUUUGUCAACUUAGUGUCAAUGAAUCUGGUUACAUAACGCCGCCUUUCAAAAGGAGCAACAAGCAGCAGCUACGAAAUAUAAAUAGCAAUGCCUCAAAUGAUGAAAGCUUUUUGGAGGGAAAAUAUAGUAUAAGUGAUUUUGAAAAGACCGGUUGGAAAGUGUGGCUGAAUAUCGGAAAAAUUUGCCUACGUUUGAUGGUGGUGAUUAUCCGAUUCCAAGCGAGUCUCAGAUUGCUAUACUUGAACAAACUGCUGUUCAAAAAGCUGUUGAGGUGGUAAAUGAAACCAAUGCCAAAACAAUCCACAAGAGUAAGACGUAUUGGAAAAUAUGAGAAGUCUCCAUAUAUGCCACUUGAUUCAGGAGAUUGCAGUUCUGCGACACUAGUGCCUAAGCAAUAUUUUAACCUUAAGCAUCCUUUUACUAUUGACAUCGGGGUUGAACCUGAUAUUGCUUUGCGUUGGGCUUUUGAGCAAUUUGUUGAUACGGGGACGUAUAAAAAA